AAAUGGGUGUUCACUUCAGAUCUGGAUUUCAGUUUGUGCGCGCGUAUUGUAAGAAAAUGAGUAACUUGCCAAGAGUUUUCUUUGACAUGACCGCCGAUGGCGAGCCCGUCGGUAGAAUCAUCAUGGAGCUGCGCUCUGAUGUUGUGCCCAAAACCGCUGAAAAUUUCCGCGCCUUGUGCACCGGCGAGAAGGGCUUUGGAUACAAGGGCUCCAUUUUCCAUCGCGUCAUCCCCAACUUCAUGUGCCAAGGCGGUGAUUUCACCAACCACAACGGCACUGGCGGCAAGUCCAUUUACGGCAACAAGUUCCAGGAUGAGAACUUCCAACUGAAGCAUACCGGACCCGGUAUUCUGUCAAUGGCCAACGCUGGCGCCAACACCAAUGGAUCCCAGUUCUUUAUUUGCACCGUGAAGACCGCUUGGUUGGACAACAAGCAUGUUGUCUUCGGUGAAGUUGUUGAGGGUCUCGAUGUGGUCAAGAAGAUUGAAUCUUAUGGCUCUCAAUCCGGCAAGACCUCAAAGAAGAUUGCGGUGGCCAACAGUGGAUCCCUUUAAAUUUUGGACAGACCAUGUUUGCGUUUAGAAGAAAAUGAAAGGGGAUAUAUAUAUAUAUAUAAAUAUAAUCAACUGUUGAGAGACGAAAACCGUUCGCAUUUUUCUCCAAGAUUUUUUUUUACCAAUAACUGUAAUAUGAUUAAUUAUGAAAUACAAAACAUACAAAAUAUUUUCAAUA